GUUGUCUUCACCAUCUCCCUCAUCAACAAUCAUUUUAAUCAUUCUAACCGACCGAUGUCGGUCCGUGGAUCCCUGCACCUUGAAAGAUUUCCCCAGAUAGUACAACACGUCGACCAAAGUUGCAAACGAUGCGUGGUCAGGUGAAUGCAGGACUCGGCUCACUCAACACUGCAGCCUAGACCAUCCGCCACUCAUCACCACCAUAACAAUCGAGAUGGACAUGGAUAUGGACAUCAUGGCCCCAGUAAGGCGCACAGCCUGGAACAUGCCCAACCACCAAACACCCUGAAUGUUCUCGACGACGCGUCGUCAGCCACAGACGCCAGACAUGUCCAACGAACCCGCACAUCCAAGGUCCCAGAUACGACAGCGACAGCGACAGCCUUACCCACCGAGCCCACCGCAAGUGUAUACAAGAACCUCACCUUUUACCCUGCAUACUGCUUCCCGUCCUCGCCAACAUAUCACAAGUGGGUCAACAUCACAGCCUCGUCCAUCCACCAGGACCUGAAGCCACACAACCAGUUCUCUCAGUACACCACCAGCGUAGGCAAACCAAAGCGUCAUGUCGCGAAUGAUGGACUACUCCUUUUCUACCUCAACCAUCCCAUCCAAUUCGUUCAGGUAGUGGGCGUCAUUGUUGCCUUUGACGGCGACAAUAAGAGAUUCUGGAUCUUCACCCUCGACGAUGCUAGCGGGAGCACCAUCGACGUCCUGUGUCCGAAGCCUGAUGAAGACGCUGAUCCAGGACCGACCACAUCCGUCUCGAAGUCGCCAGACCCGCACAGUCCAAGCGCUCUAUUGACUGCGCUUCUCCCCGUCCUUGACCUAGGCACCACGGUCCAAGUUAAAGGCACGUUGAGUAGUUUCCGCAAAACGCUCCAAAUAAACCUCAAACGCAUCUUCCUCGUCCCCAGCACGGCUCACGAACUUGCCCACAUACGUUCCCGCAACGAUUUCUUUCGAUCCACCCUUUCCAUCCCAUGGGCCUUGUCGGAACGCCGCCAGAGACAUCUGCUUAGACAAGCCAAUGAGGAGGCUGUGACCCGACGUGAUCGAGAGAAAAGACGACGUAAGAGACAACUCGCCCGCGAACAGCAAGAGAUCCUUGAUCAACAACUCAUUGUUCGGCAAUGGGAAGAGGAGGAAAAGACCAGGGAGAAGGACGCUCUAGAGGCCAACCUCUCAGGUAACGCACUACAGGCCAAGAAUGACUCAAGUUCAUGAUGGCCAUUGUAACUUUGUAGCUACUAGUAUAUACCAAGACAGGGUAUGAGUCUUGCGUCAAGACGAAAAGCAUAAUCAAUACUGGGAACCUGUUUCACAUUGCGAAUCGACGGCCUGAGAGUCACUUAAGAGCCAUCGCCCACGCUUGCACUACACUGCACAGUUACGACCAGAACCAUUUGUCUGAAAUCUUGUAUAUUAAAGAAAUUCUCAGCAAUGUACAGUAAGAAGUGCACGAUCCCU